CCACCAACAUUUCAAUCUCUUUUAGCUCGUCCUAGCAUAAGGAGAAUCUACAUUGUCCCCUACCCAUCCUUCACUUCAGUAACCAUGGCAAAAUUUGUCAUACUUUCCUUCUUGAUUUCGCUCAACAUCUUAUCUUUUCCUUCCCCAGGAUCAGCCAUCUCCUCAUGCAAUGGUCCAUGCAAAACCUUGAAUGAUUGCGACGGCCAGUUAAUUUGCAUUGGAGGAAAAUGUAACGACGAUCCUGACGUUGGAACCCACAUAUGCAGCGGAAGCUCGCCUUCCGGGCCAUCCCCUCCGGGCAAUUGCCGCCCAACUGGCUCUAUGACGUGUAAAGGAGUGACUAAACCCACCUAUACAUGCUCUCCCCCGGUUACUAGCUCCACAGCGGCCAUUCUUACCCUAAAUAAUUUUGAAGAAGGUGGAGACGGCGGGGCUGCAUCAGAAUGUGACGGCCAAUUUCACAAAAAUAGUGAAAGGGUUGUUGCACUUUCCACUGGUUGGUAUGCAGGAGGGUCGAGGUGUGGGAAAAUGAUAAGAAUCAGAGCCAGCAAUGGGAGAACCGUGACUGCAAAGGUUGUGGAUGAAUGCGACUCCAGAAAUGGCUGUGAUAAGGAGCACGCUGGCCAGCCACCUUGCGAUAACAACAUCGUUGAUGGAUCCAGUGCUGUCUGGAGAGCAUUAGGGCUUAACGAGGAUGAUGGAAGAGUACCAGUUACUUGGUCUAUGGCAUGAUUAAUUGAUAUGAUGACAUUGAGAUCGAUAUAUGCACAACAAUUCCAUCAAUAAUAAGAUGGCUUCUAGAAUAAGAGCUUCCCAAGUCUGUUCUUGGGGGGCCCAAAAACAUGAAAAAGAGUCUGUUCUUGGUUUUGUUUUCUAAAGUGUCAAUUUUGUCCUUUCAAAAAAAAAUAAUAAUAAUAAAGUGUCAGUUAUGUGAUAAGUGGCAUGCUGGUAAAUGAUGUCUUGGAUGGUCUUUCUUUUUUUUUGUUUUUGUUGGGUGCUUUUAAUUUUGCAAUAGAAUCGUGCCAAUAUCAUUGACUCU